GCGGGGCGCGGAGCCCGGCUCUCCCAACUCAAGAUGGCGGAUGAGAGUGAGACAGCAGUGAAGCAGCCACCGCCGCCGCCGCCUCCGGCGCCGCAGCUGAUGGAAGGGAACGGGAACGGCCAUGAGCACUGCAGCGACUGCGAGAACGAGGAGGAGAACAGCUACAACCGGGGUGGUUUGAGUCCAGCAAAUGACAGUGGAACCAAAAAGAAGAAAAAGAAGCAAAAAAAAAAGAAAGAGAAAAGCAAUGAAACAUUGGAUUCUGCCCAGGACCAGCCUGUGAAGGUGAACUCUUUACCAGUGGAGAGAAUCCAGGAAAUACAGAAAGCCAUUGAGCUGUUUUCAGUAGGCCAAGGACCUGCCAAAACAAUGGAGGAAGCCAGCAAGCGUAGUUACCAGUUUUGGGACACCCAGCCUGUACCUAAGCUUGGAGAAGUGGUGAAUACCCAUGGUCCCGUGGAACCUGACAAAGACAACAUCCGUCAAGAGCCCUAUACCCUGCCCCAGGGCUUCACCUGGGAUGCCUUGGACCUAGGGGAUCGAGGAGUGCUGAAAGAAUUGUAUACCCUCCUGAAUGAGAAUUAUGUGGAAGAUGAUGACAACAUGUUCCGAUUUGAUUACUCACCAGAGUUCCUUUUGUGGGCUCUUCGACCCCCGGGCUGGCUCCCCCAGUGGCACUGUGGAGUCCGAGUCAUCUCAAGCAAGAAACUGGUGGGCUUCAUCAGUGCCAUUCCUGCAAGCAUCCAUAUCUAUGACACAGAGAAGAAGAUGGUAGAAAUCAACUUUCUGUGUGUCCACAAGAAAUUGCGUUCCAAGCGGGUGGCACCAGUGCUGAUUAGAGAGAUAACCCGAAGAGUCCACUUGGAGGGCAUCUUCCAGGCUGUUUACACUGCUGGGGUAGUACUACCCAAACCUGUCGGCACUUGCAGGUACUGGCACCGGUCCCUUAACCCACGGAAGUUGAUUGAAGUGAAAUUCUCACAUUUGAGUAGGAACAUGACCAUGCAGCGCACCAUGAAGUUAUACCGACUACCAGAGACUCCAAAAACAUCUGGGUUGCGACCCAUGGAAAAGAAGGACAUUCCAGUGGUGCACCAACUCCUGACCAAUUACUUGAAGCAAUUCCACCUGACCCCCGUCAUGAGCCAGGAGGAGGUGGAACACUGGUUCUUCCCACAGGAGAACAUCAUUGACACUUUCGUGGUGGAGAAUGCAGAUGGUGAGGUGACGGACUUCCUGAGCUUCUACACUCUGCCCUCCACCAUCAUGAACCACCCGAUUCACAAGAGCCUGAAAGCUGCUUAUUCCUUUUACAACGUUCACACCGAGACCCCACUUCUAGACCUCAUGAGUGACGCUCUGGUCCUCGCCAAAUUGAAAGGAUUCGAUGUAUUCAACGCACUGGAUCUCAUGGAAAAUAAAACAUUCUUGGAGAAGCUGAAAUUUGGAAUCGGGGAUGGCAACCUGCAGUAUUAUCUCUACAAUUGGAAAUGCCCCAGCAUGGGAGCAGAGAAGGUUGGACUGGUGUUGCAGUAAUCAGCUGCCAAUGAAAAUUGGACAAAGCCACUGAGAAUUCAGAGCAGGACAUGGAACCCGCCGCUGUUGGUCUGAUUUUCAUGGAAGCGAGAAUCCCCAGCUAAGGGAACAGAACCGAACCAGCUACACCAAACAGCCACUGACUUUGACAAUUGUAUCACAAUGGCGUAGGCCGUCACCUCUGGCGGCUUCUCUGGUCUCUGUUUUCCAAUUCAUUACAUCCUCAUGCAGCCACGAUCAAGGGAAUGUAACUGCUGAAAACUAGCUCAUGAUUGGCAUAUUAUGGAGUUAACGGGUGAAUAAUAAAAAUAUAUAUAUUAUAUAUAUAUAAUAUUUUAAAUAUCUUUCAUGUUCCAGACUUACAAGGAUGUUCGGUCCCUAAUGAAAAGCUGUGUCUGGCAAAAAUCCUUAAAAUAAGAGCCAGGGAGUCAGCAUGUUAGUGCCACCAGUCAUUGCCCUCUGAAGAAUGGCAUUGGCAUUGGCAUUGACAUUUGGGGGGGGCGUGGCAAGGGUGAAGCAAGUGUGAGGAACCUCCCCCUUGGUUCCUGUCUGCUUUGGGAAUGGAACAGGUGAAGGGGGUGGGUAUUUAAGUAGGAGCAGAGUAGAGUAAGAGAAGUUCAGGUCAUUGCUGAAUCCUACAGAUGUGCUCAGGGCUGGUAACAUGGCACAUGGGCCUAGGUUGCGAUGGAGUCCCUUGGAUGGAGCUGUAGAGUGAGUGUCAGGCCCAUGCUGCCAAUGCUUCUACCUAGGCUCAAAGAGCAUCAUGGAGUCUGUUGGAAAUGGGCAGGGGAGAAAGUUAUAUGGACACAGCUCUCCUGGGCAGUUCCAGUAAGGAUUUAACUUAUUCCCUACUCCUUGCAUUACCAUCAUUACAGUCUCUACUCUCUAGGAAACUAAUUUGUUGAUUCCAUUUUAAAGGGCUAUGUGGAUAGUUGUUGGCAUCCUUUGUGGGAUGUUAGAUCUUCUGCUCAGUGUGACUGUCAGCUUGAAGGGGACCUCAGACCUCCUUGUAGCUUCUGGGACAGUACUGAGUGCACAGCAGUGCCAUUCCUGUUAGCAGAAGCAUGUACCCGCUGCCCAGGGUACAUGAGUGCAUGAGUGACAACUGUCAGGAGAUGAUGAUGCCCAUGGGGCUGUUCACCCAAAUGCCUUUCUGCCACCAGUCGUGAGCCCGUGCCUUCCAGCUGUUCUCAUCACAUUAAUCAUUCCCCACUGCCCAUUCUGGGUACCCCUUUAUGCUUCCCCAGGGGGCAGCCCAUGGAGCAGCUGGGGCUGGGGAGAGGGAUGUUGGUUUUAGACAGAUUAGGCAACUCAACUAUAAGAAAGAAAGGGGUUUUUCAUGCUGUUGUCUUGGCCUAUAUUUCAGUGCUGGGUUGUUUCAUGCUUUUAAUUGCCCUUGACUUGCAAAAAAUAGAGUAAUGUAAUCAUUUUUCAGAGGUGCUGAACAGAGUGGGCCAGGGAGCAUUGUUUCGCCAAGUUUUGUUUUCACCCAAGUAUAAUCUCAUAGUUUUUGUUCUAGAGAGAGGAAAAAAACUCAGUGGUGGACAGAGAACAUGAUGUACAGGGGUUUUCCUGCUACUUUUACCUUUUGGGCUCUUUCAGGUGAAAGUGAAACCUCAGUCGGAAGGCCAGGCGAGGCCAUCUUUGGUCCCACUGACUGAAGCCACCUUUGUCAGUCAGGGGUUUGUUCCAAGGUAUGGGUUUGGUUGACACUUUCAGGGGACGGUUCUGAAGCAAGGGGUGUUUUUGUAUGAACUUGGCCACGAUGUGUUUGGGUGUUGUUGGGACUUAAUGGAAAUCCUGCUUGCCCUCUGUAGACUUAAAGGAAUGGGUCAAAGUCCCCGCAGCACUGGAGUUAAGUUUUUUCAAAGGUCUUUGGAGCCCUACCCUUUCAUUCCCCUACCCCUCCAUCCCUACCCUGUGAAUGAUUUUAAAAAGAACACUCAUCACUUCAGGACCCAGUGGAUAAUAGUGGGUCUGAGCCCCUUAAAGGCUGCUGAGAUCAAAGCAGCUGCCUGUUGGACAGCAGUGUUCUCAUGGAAAAUUAAAUGGGAGGAGCAGGAAGCCAAGGUGUCCCAGACUUGGUGGUCUUUAUCGAGAUUCAAGUCCACCAAAAACUAACAAACCCGAUUACCCGGGUGAAAAGGGAAAGUCCUGUCUUUGACCUGCUUUGAACCACCUCAGACAAGACCGUGGUAGGGGAGGUGUGUGUGGGAUUCUGGGAAUCUCUUUCAGUUGUCUCACACUUUCUCAGGGUUUGCUCAUCUUGGUUAGCCUGGAUUGUGAAAUGGAAACUCAGGUGCUUAACUCCACUGGCCCAGGAAUAUACAGAACGCUUGGCAAAGGUGUCUUUCCAGGACUGUGGAGCCUAAGGCCUUUAUACAGUUGGCACCAUGUGGCCAGGUGCAAAAUCCUGAACACCAGUCCCUUGGCUUACUCAUGAAUAGAAUCAUCAUUUGAUCAAAAUGCCAAGACUUUGAAUUCCCAUGAUCCUUUUCUGCUUGCUGUGCCAUUUCAUCUAGAUCUUCGAAAGUCAGCAUAGAGUUGUUAUUAAACCAGCCCCUGGAGUUUGAUCCCACUCUCUACCCCAUCCUUGGGAUUUCAAGCCCAGAAGGAAGAACCCCUGUAAGAUCCCAGGUCCUCCUUCCAGCUCUUGGAGUAACCAGGGAAGCUGAGGGUCAAUGGUGCCACUGCAUCCCUGGAGGGGGGCUUACCAAAAGGGGUCUAAUGGACCCAGGUGGCAUCCUGUGAUUUCCUGUGAAUUUUUGCUUCUUUAUUGUGGUGCCCUGGCCCUCUGGCCUCAUACAUUGCUACCCAGGUUGACUUUAAACACAUCCUUUUCCAAAGACUUCUUUGGAAUUGCUCUCACUACGUGACUGCUGAUCCUAUGGUACAGUUUGGUAGGCUCCCACCUGCACUUGCAAUUAAAGUCCUCUCUUGCCUGAGCCAGAAACCUGAGAGAGAAGGCCUCCUGUGAUACUAGCUCCUUCACCACCCCCAGUUACCCUUUGCUGCAUGAGUCCUAUUCUGAAGAAGCUUUGUUCCAAGGUCAAGAUUAAAAAAUAAAAACAAACCAGUCCAGUCCACUUCAGUUUAGUGGGGACACACUAAAGCAUUACUGUUUGCCCUUCAAGUCUGUGGAGGGAAAAUUAAGUCCUGCUUUUUCUGACCCACCUCCAGCUUCCUUUUCCUUCUUUUUUUUCUGGCUUAGGCCACUCUGGAGCCUAGAUGGAAGUUCCUUUGUGUGUGUUGAGGCAUCCCAACCGCACCUCCCAAAAGAUAAACCAUUAAAAACUGAAAUGAAAGGUAGACUUCAGUGGACUUAUAAUGGAGCUGGGCUAGGAAGGCUUCAGACUACCUGCAGUGGACUAAAUAAUGAUGGUCCCAAAGCAAGUGAAUGAUGAGACUUUCAAGGGUGUUGCUAUCUAGACUUGGGCUAAAGAAGGUGAUGCCCUGUGUUGGGGAGAAGACAGAAUUGUCUCCUCCCAGAACUCCUGCUUCUUAUAUCUAGCUCAGCUGGAGUGGGAGAUGGGUGGGAGUCUGGUCCUCUUUUGAGAGCUUUGUUAAGACAUAAGAUCACCAGUUUGUAACUUUCUACUGUAUGACUUGGCAGAACUGAAAAAAUGUGACUUUGGGUGUCCCCCCCCUUCCUUCUGGGGAAGGUGGAUUUGUCACUGAGAACAUUGGAUGAUGGCAGGUGGGCUCUGAAUAGUGGGGGGGCCUCCAGGUUGGGGGAGUUUCUCUGGAUGCUGCCCAGUGGAGGAAAUGAAGCGCUACCUUUUUGUUCUCAAGUUUCUUGGUGUAUUGGGGUGAGGGUGGAGGCAUUUUGGAGGGGGAGGUUUGGUGAAGUAGCUUCCAUUUCAGAGGAGCAAGGGAUAAAGAAGUUGUGUGUGGCUGGUCAUGAGUGAUUGCAAUUUCCUUAAUUCUAAUAAAGCAGCUGAAACCCU